AUGAUAGAGACCACCUCUCGCAUCCAGCGUUGGCGGCAUCACGUCGCUUCUGUGGGCCAUCUGCCCAGGUUUGAGCUGCCUUGGGGGGGUUAUUACGAAGAACCAGAGAGCUUGCCCGAGGACCCUCCAAUGGGGUCCCAGUUUGCACAGGACUUUAAUCAGGAGAUCGAGCAUGCGAACGAAUGCGACCAGGAGAUCGAGCACGCGAACGACAACGAUCAUCCAGCGGCGUCGUUGUACCUCGCCGAGCUCAAAGAAGAAGUGCAGGGCGCUGACAACCAGUGGCUUCUUCCCUCUCCAGAGAUACUGACAAUCAGCCUCACCUCUUCGCCCACCUACUACUGCUCCCCCACUCCGUCACCGUCUAUUAGCUGGAAGGCUGAGCGAGCGCUGUCUAACGAGGCUGCAGCAGUGCCAGACAUCGCCGAAGCAACGGCAUAUCAAGCUGCGCUCGACGAGAGUGUGGACGCAGUGGAGACAGAGCACAUGGAAUGCGAGGAGUGA